CUCAGACAUCGCGCUCACGGUACGCGAGAGUCUCCAAAACCAAAACAUCAUCGUAAUCCACUUAGGCGCACAUUUCCCUCGCUCCGGUGUCAUGUUUAGAAUUCCAUUCCGGCCGUCCCUUGUGCUCUUUGGCCCACCGUUGUCGAGGUUGUCAUCGUCUUCGUCUGCCAAGGCGGCAAAUACAAUAGCAACAGCAUCCGCAACCGGACAAAAGUUGGAUUUCCGAGAGCUAAAGCACCCAACAAAAGUUCCGCAGAAGCCGCACAUUUCGAACCUGGGAACGGGACAAACAGAGCGGAUUUCAGUGGACGAGCAAACCGUGCAGUUGCUGGAGCGGUUAUCGCUGGUGGACCUCGAUAGCAAAGAGGCGCACAAGGCGCUAGAGGAUUCCAUUGAGUUCGCUUCGCGAAUUCUCGCCAUAAACACCGAGGGGGUCGAACCUCUGUACACGGUUCUAGAGCAGCAGAAACUUUCCCUCCGGGAGGACAUCGUGACGGACGGAAACAUCCUACAGGAUGUGCUGGCCAACGCACGGCUCACGGAGGAGGAAUAUUUUGUAGCCCCACCGGGAAACAUUCCGCUCGAGCAAGAUACGAGCGCGAAGCGGGAGAAAUAG